GUCUCUGCCUCAUCCGACCCCCGUUCGGCAGGGAACGAGGAGCUGCCGCCAUCGGGCAAGGCGCGGGGGCUGAGGCGAAGCGGGCAGGCUGGCCCUCGGCGGCACAGGCGCCGUGGGGUGGCUCAGCAGGCUGCCAGGAGCCCAACGGUGCCCCAGCCUGGCAGCGCUGGCCGGGAGGAGAGCCUGCCCUUCGUGCUGGACCUGCAGAGCUUGCCAGGGCUGGCCAAUGUGGACCUGAGUGCCCAGAAUCCCAACAUCCAGGUGACCAUCGAAGUGGUGGAUGAUCCUCAGGCCGAGAUGGAGAUGGACUUGUUGAAGGAGACAAGCAAUGACUGGUCUCUGACGUCCUCUGAGUGGCUGUCCCACAAGGACCUCUUCUGGCCCCUCUUCUGGGAAUACACUGACCCUGCUGAGGAGGAGGAGGAAGAGGAGGAGGAAGAGGAGGAAGAAGAAGAUGACAACCUGGAUGUAGGAGACAGGGAGGAGGAAGAGGAGGAGGAGGAGGAGGAGGAGGAUUACACAGCAGAGUAUGAGGAGGAGGAGUCUAUGCUCAGUGGAGUAGGAGGUGACUGGGACCAGCGGUGGCCCGGGCAGAAGAACUGGAUCUUUAAGGAAAAAUACAAUUACGACUAUGAAGACGAGGAGGAGUGGAGCCCGUGGUCCCCUUGCAGCAUCACCUGUGGCAGCGGCAACCAGAAGAGGACCCGGUCCUGUGGCUACGCUUGCACAGCAACAGAGUCGAGGACCUGUGACCUGCCGCGCUGUCCUGGAGCAGAGGGGGAAAUGGUCUUCCCCACAGAGGAGACGCCUUUCAAAAGCGACAACACCACAGAGCCGUUCAACUCAGCCCGCGGCAAGGGGGCCGGCGUCCCCAACCUCAUCAGCACCGAGUUCUCCCCGGAGCUGCACUACAAGGUGGACAUGCUGCCCUGGAUUCUCUGCAAGGGCGACUGGAGCCGCUACCAUGCUGUCCGGCCCCCCAACAACGGGCGCCGGUGUGCCGACAACCCCGCCGAGGAGGAGUACCUCUCCCAGCUGCAGGAAGCCAAGGAAUACUAG